GCGGCGCGGGCCAUGGCGGGCGGCGCGGCGCUGCGGGCGGCCGUGGCCGCCGUGCUGCUGGCGGGCUGGGGCGCCCAGGCCCUCUACUUCCACAUCGGCGAGACCGAGAAGCGCUGCUUCAUCGAGGAGAUCCCGGACGAGACCAUGGUCAUCGGGAACUACCGGACGCAGCUGUGGGACAAGCAGUCGGAGUUGUUCCUGCCCUCCACGCCCGGGCUGGGCAUGCACGUGGAGGUGAAGGACCCCGACGGCAAGGUGAUUCUGUCGCGGCAGUACGGCUCGGAGGGGCGCUUCACCUUCACCUCGCACACGCCGGGCGAGCACCAGAUCUGCCUCCACUCCAACUCCACUCGCAUGGCGCUCUUUGCUGGCGGCAAGCUGCGGGUGCACCUGGACAUCCAGGUGGGCGAACACACCAACAACUAUCCCGAAAUCGCCGCCAAGGACAAGCUGACAGAGCUGCAGCUCCGGGCGCGCCAGCUCCUCGACCAGGUGGAACAGAUCCAGAAGGAGCAGAAUUACCAGCGGUAUCGAGAGGAGCGCUUCCGCAUGACGAGCGAGAGCACCAACCAGCGGGUGCUGUGGUGGUCCAUCGCCCAAACCAUCAUCCUCAUCCUCACCGGCAUCUGGCAGAUGAGGCAUCUGAAGAGCUUCUUCGAGGCCAAGAAGCUGGUGUAACCCUGCGGACGCCGACCCUGCCUCGGCGCUGCGCCUGCUCGGCCCCCGGCGGAGGGCCCCGCUCCGUGUGCGCUUCGUGGCUCAAUAAACGCUCGGGGGGCUCCGA